UAUCACCACAUCCAAUCCAUUCGCUGCAACUAUCCCAUGCGGGGCUGAGUGGAUCCGACCCCACUGCCGGCUCACAGAUCCCGGGAUGUUGGACUGCCAGAUCUCUGGGUCUCCUUCUCUCUGGAGCAGAUCCUCAGUCCCCUUGACCUCACGACCAUGGCCAGAUCGUGUUCGAACUGUCCCUCACUUUGGGUCUCCUAACUCAGGAGUGUGCAGCUACAAUGGGACUCAGAACCCGAGAACAGGGACAGAAGACUCGUGUCCUUGGGGUGCCCAGUCUCACAGCGUUGGGCACGACUUUCAGCUACUGCGCCUUCCCCAGCAGCUCCUGACUCGGUACCUGGACCGGGGGCUGAGCGACGGGCUCGGCGAGUGAAGCUUGGGGUCUCACUCAGGCGCCAGCGCCUCCUUGCCUCUGGGCGGUGGCACAGGCAGGAGCUGCUCUUCUGGAGUGUCGAGAUCCACUUAAGGAUGAGGCAGAGUUGGUGACAAGCUGCUCUGAGCAGAGCCAAAACUGAGCCCAGCUGAGAGUGUACCCUGGCGCAGCCUGGAUUCCGGGAGGCGCCCGGCAGCCACACGCAGCUAUGCACUACCCAGCUGCACUCCUCUUCCUCAUCCUGGCCAAUGGGGCCCAGGCUUUUCGCAUCUGCGCCUUCAAUGCCCAGCGGCUGACGCUGGCCAAGGUGGCCAGGGAGCAGGUGAUGGACACCUUAGUGCGGAUCCUGGCUCGCUGUGACAUCACGGUGCUGCAGGAGGUGGUGGACUCUUCCGGCAGCGCCAUCCCCCUCCUGCUUCGAGAACUCAAUCGAUUUGAUGGCUCUGGGCCCUACAGCACCCUGAGCAGCCCCCAGCUGGGGCGCAGCACCUACAUGGAGACCUACGUGUACUUCUAUCGGUCACAUAAAACACAGGUCCUGAGUUUCUACGUGUAUAACGACAAGGAUGAUCUCUUUGCCCGGGAGCCAUUUGUGGCCCAGUUCUCUUUGCCCAGCAAGGUGCUUCCCAGCCUGGUGUUGGUUCCACUGCACACCACUCCUAAGGCCGUGGAGAAGGAGCUGAACGCCCUCUACCAUGUGUUUCUGGAGGUCUCCCAGCACUGGCAGACCAAGGAUGUGAUCCUGCUUGGGGACUUCAAUGCUGACUGUGCGUCACUGACCAAAAAGCGCCUAGACAAGCUGGAGCUGCGGACGGAGCCAGGCUUCCACUGGGUGAUUGCCGAUGGGGAGGACACCACGGUGCGGGCCAGCACCCACUGCACCUAUGACCGCAUCGUGCUGCACGGGGAGCGCUGCCGGAGCCUGCUGCACACCGCGGCGGCCUUUGACUUCCCCACGAGCUUCCAGCUCACCGAGGAGGAGGCCCUCAACAUCAGUGACCACUACCCCGUGGAGGUGGAGCUGAAGCUGAGCCAGGCGCACAGUGUCCAGCCUCUCAGUCUCGCUGUUCUGUUGCUGCUGUCACUCCUGCCCCCUCAGCUGUGCCCUACCACCUAAGUGUCCCCCCUCUAGAGCCUGCUGCCUUUUAGGACUCAAACCCCAGCCUCCCCCCGUCUAUCCAACCCUGUGACUGCAGUCCGCCUCCAUCUUUUCUUUGAUUUGCCUCUUGUUCUUUGGUUGGGCUUGUGUCUAGAUUAGGAGAGGAAACCAGAGUAUCCAAGGCUGGACUCAUGCUACCUGCCAGGUAGUCUAGUAUCAGGAGUGGAGACAAAGUGGGCUCCGGGUUGGGGGAGGGGAAGGGAGGGCUCAGAAAGAGGAAUCAAGACUU